AUGUUACCAAGUACUUCGGUGAACUCCCCAGUGCAGGGGAACGGAGUGUUGAGUUCCAGGGAUGCAGCCAGACACACAGCCGGAGCAAAACGCUACAAAUACCUGAGGAGGCUUUUCCGUUUCCGGCAGAUGGACUUUGAGUUUGCUGCCUGGCAGAUGCUCUACCUAUUCACUUCCCCACAGAGAGUUUAUAGAAACUUUCACUAUAGGAAGCAGACGAAAGAUCAGUGGGCCAGGGAUGACCCAGCCUUCUUGGUCCUGUUAAGUAUCUGGCUCUGUGUGUCCACGAUAGGAUUUGGCUUUGUACUGGACAUGGGGUUUUUUGAGACGAUAAAGCUGCUCCUUUGGGUGGUAUUCAUAGACUGUGUAGGCGUCGGUCUUCUCAUAUCAACCUUAAUGUGGUUUAUCUCCAAUAAGUAUUUAGUGAAACGGCAGAGCAGAGACUAUGAUGUGGAGUGGGGCUAUGCCUUCGAUGUGCAUCUGAAUGCUUUUUAUCCUCUCCUGGUCAUUUUGCAUUUUAUACAGCUUUUUUUCAUCAACCAUGUCAUCCUAACAGACACAUUUAUUGGAUAUUUAGUUGGAAAUACCUUAUGGUUGGUUGCUGUUGGCUACUAUAUCUAUGUAACUUUCUUAGGAUACAGUGCACUGCCGUUUUUGAAAAACACAGUGACUCUCCUCUACCCGUUCGCACCGCUCAUCCUGCUGUACGGACUGUCUCUAGCGCUGGGCUGGAACUUCACCCAUGCGCUGUGCUCCUUCUACAAGUACAGAGUGAAGUGA